AUGGCUGAAGACGACCAAAAGUGUUUGAAAAAAUUGAAAACUUGGCGAGAAGAGGUUAAUUGGGAAAUUAAAGAAGAACGACUAAAUUUUCUCGAUCAAUUCUAUUCUCUGAUCGAAAAUUGGGACGGACUACUUCCUAACCUCCGAGACAUAUUUCGAACUGAAGAAAUUGGUUGGCUUCUCACGCGAGAUGUAGAAAACGUGUGCAAAAGUGAAAUGACUUUUAGCACAUCUCUACUACUCGAUUUUGUAAUUCAGUGCGGCUACAAGGACCAGCCCAAAGUCGAUGAAGACGGCAGCCCAUUGUUGCGUCGUACCACACCAAUACACAAUGUGGCUAGACACGAAUAUAGCCUCUUAUUGCACUACAUCACUCGGGAUCUCUUCAAAAUAUACGAUAGAUUCGAUGUGAACUACAGCGACGAGUCCGGCCUGACUCAUUUUCAUGUGGCCUGUAAGUUUGCCUGUUACGAUGCAGUCAAGAAGUUCCUCGAGUUCGGACAGGAUCCGAAUUGCCUCCCGCAAACAUCAGUUGAUCCGCCGAUGCACUUGGCUGUGGCUGAAGGUCAUAAGAAAAUUGUAAGAUUGCUGCUGAGAUCUGGCGCUGAUCCAAAUUUAACCGAUGACGAAGGAUCGACCUCUCUGCACAUUAUGUGUAAUAACAGCCGUGAUGUUGUAAUGGAGGUAUUUUUCAAGAUCUGCGACGAAGAACGUAAAGUGGUGCAGGUCGACGCUCGAGACGAUUUCGGACGCACACCAUUGCACUUGGCCGUACGUGACAAAAACGAGAAACUAGCGGAACUACUUUUGAGAGGGGGCGCCGAUCCAAAUUCAGCGGAUGCAGACGGAUGGACGCCGAUGCACAUUAUGUGCAGGAUAGGCGAAGAUGACGAGGACGAUGAUGACGUUGAGGUCGAUGUUGAAGACAAUUAUGAAUUUUUGCAGCUAUUUUUCAAGAUCAACGACGAGAUCCAGCAGUCGGUGAAGGUCGACGCUCGAGACAGUUUGGGGAACACACCGCUGCACUUGGCUAUUGAGAAAAAUCUCAAGGAAUCGUUCGAAUUGUUGCUGAGAAGAGGCGCUAAUCCUAAUUUAGCCAACUUGGACGGAUUGACUCCUCUCCACAUCCUUUGCCGAAGCUACUAUAACGAAAUACAUCCUUUCCUAAAAAUAUUUUUCGCGAUCUGCGACGAAAUGCAUCAAACGGUGCAGGUCGACGCUCGGGACAAAUUGGGCCGGACACCGCUGCAUUUGGCUCUGCACUACAACAACAAGGAGGAGUUUGAAUUGUUGCUGAGACGAGGCGCAGAUCCUAAUUCAGCCAAUGCGGAAGGAUCGACGGCGCUGCACGUUAUUUGUAUGAGAUACCGCGACGAUGAAUUUGUGAAGACAUUCUUGAAGAUCAACGACGACAUUCAGCAAACGGUGCAGGUCGACGCUCGGGACAAAUUGGGCCGGACACCGCUGCAUUUGGCUCUGUUCUUGAGCAACAUGAAGACGGCCGAAACUCUGCUGAGAAGAGGCGCUGAUCCGAAUUUGACCGACGAGGAUGGAUCGACCCCUCUGCACGUUAUUUGUAAAAGAGUCUACGACUCUGAUGAAGAUGACUACGACAGUUUCAUGGAUGUCCUGGCGAACUUUUUCAAGAUUAACGACGAAUUACAUCAGACGUUGCUGGUCGACGCCCAGGACAAGUUGGGCAACACACCAUUGCAUUGGGCUGUGACUCGCGAAUACUGGUUGAUGUUCGAAUUGUUGGACAGAGGCGCUAAUGCGAAUUUGGCCGAUGAAGAGGGAUUGACUCCUCUUCACAUUAUGUGUAAGAUUAGAGAUUACGAUUCCGUAAUGGCGGAGGAAUUCUUCAGUACCAACGACAAACUCGAUCAUCCGGUACAUGUCAAUACCCGAAAUAAAAAAGGUCAGACACCGCUGCACUUAGCCCUGAACUGUCACGACCAGGCGUUUAUCGAAUUACUGCUAAGAAGAGGUGCCGAUCAUAAUUUGGCUGACGAUGAUGGAUCAACACCCCUGCAUAUCAUUUGCCAGAGAAAAGACGGCGAUGAAUUGUUGAAAAAAUUUUUCAAGUUCAACUGCAAACUUCAUGAGACGGUCGACGCCAAGGACAAAUUGGGCCGCACUCCACUGCAUUGGGCCGUAGCGAGUCUCUUGCCAGACAUGGUAGAGUUUCUGUUGAAGAGUGGUGCUAAUGGUUCUGGCUUCGUUUUUCCCACCGAUGCUUACAUUGUCAAGAAAAAUGCACAACAAGACACACUCGGAACAGUCGUGUUCCAUACGAUGUCUAUCAUUGAGUCCCUGGAAAAAAGAGGAUAUCAACUGGACCAAACCACUGCCAUCAGCAUUAUGAAAACAUUUGCCAAACACGGAUUGAUUGAUAAGACAGUGGAUAGCAUCGUAGAGUGUUUGUGUAGCGAUGAAGUUUUCACUAGCAUUGCAAAAGAAAAGAUGGUAGAUCCAAACCUGACACUCUAUGAUUUUCUUCAGCUGCCACCACAAAAGGCAGAGAAAUUAUUCACAGUUAAACAAUACAAGGACAUUUCUAAAUUUAUUCAUCACAGUUAUAGGUUUUACCAAGGGUUUAUUUUGUUCCUGUGCAAGAGAGUAACUACACGAUUUUUUCAGGGAUGGGCCGUGGAACUUUUUAUGACACUAACGCGAUACCAGUUGCCAAUUCUCUGCUGUGAUAUAAUCAUCCGGCAACUGAACUUGAAAGAUUUGUGUUGCGUUUACCUGGCAGCAGCUGAUCCAAAUCUGGAUUGA